AUGCACCCGCGCAUAGACAGCCUGUCAGACGAACAACAGCGCGCCCUCCAACAAAUCAGAGACCUCACAAACGGCGGCGACGAUGACGUGGCUCUUAGUGUCCUCCACAGCGUCGCAUGGGAUGUGCAGAGAGCCGCAGACGUGAUAUUCAGCGGCGGCCCUAUCCCCACCUCACCCUCCACAUCCGCGUCCACCUCCUACCCACCGUCUUCGACGUCUGCUUCCCGCGCGGGCGAUGCCGACAGUAGUAGCGGGCGCAACAUGGAGACGUUCGAACUGGAUGACUCCGAGCAGGGUCAGGGAUAUGCGUACGACCGCGACGGCCGCGCAGAGCAUCAUCAGCGACAACGGCAUACGCAUAAUAACACCUGGGCCAUCCUCCCGCGCCCGCUCCUCUCCCUCCUCGCCUUCCCCUUCCACGUCCUCGCAAGCAUUCUGCGCUUCGUGUUCGGCGUCCUGCGCGUCCCCGUCCCGCAGUUCACGCUCUUCAGCCUGUAUACCGGCUCGUCGGGCUAUGCGUCGUAUUUCGGGUUGAGGGGAGCAAGGGGCAUGGGAGCAAGGGGUACGAGGGGAGGAGGGGAAAGAGGGGGAGGAGGAGGGGUGGAGAGGUGGGUGAGGGAGCUGGAGGAGGAGACCGGCGCGAUUUCGAUCAGCCGGUAUACGAAGCAAGCGGCGUAUGGGAGUGGGGGUAAUGUUGGCACGAAUGGUGCAAGCACCACGACGGCAGUGGAAGCGGGCCCUUCGACGCUCACGUCGCGCACGAACAACGCCGCGGCGCUCAAUGCGCUCUUCGCCGAGGCGCUCGCCGCUCGGUCUGUAAACUCGAAUUCCAACUCGAUGAAUGGUGCUGAUGGGGGAGACGGCACUGGCGCUGGUGUACGAAUUGGCGGGGUAGACGACGUAGGAAGGGUAAGCAGUGGGGUUGGCGGGGUUGGUGGUGGAGGGGGGAGGAAGGUCCUCCCGGACUUCUUCGUCGGCGCGUACGAGGACGCGCUGCGCGUGUGUGAGAGGGAGGCAAGGGUGGGCUGUGUCGUGCUGGUGAGCGAGGAGCACGAUGAUACGCGCGAGUUUAAGAGGUCGACGCUCACGGACCCCGUGCUCGUGAAGACGCUGCACGACAACGGCGUGCUCGUGUGGGGCGCGGAUGUCAGGGAGGGCGAGGGCUGGGCCGCCGCGGAGAAGCUGCAAGCGACCACCUACCCGUUCGUCGCGUUCGUCGCGCUGCAGCCGAAGCGCCAUAUUACCUCUUCAUCUGCGAGGGGGAGUAGGGGGAACGGCGCGGGAGGGGCGGGGAGCGUGAUGACGGUGCUGUCGAGACAUCAGGGGCCAUCGACUCCCUCCACUUCAAGCACCACUACCGCCACCUCAAACACCUCGCAUUCAAGCUCGCAUGCACACGGUUCGGGUGUGAGUUCGACGCCGGGGCCGACGUCCGCGCAGGCGCUGCUGGAACACCUGGAGCGGCAGGUCCUGCCACGCGUCCUGCCGUACCUCGCGCGCGUGCAGGCCGCGCGGACGCAGCAUGCCCUUGAGCGGGCGCGGGCGGAGCGCGAACGCGAGCGGGAUCGGGUGUUGAGGGCGGAGCAGGAUCGCGCGUUUCGGGAGGCGGAGAGGCGGGACCGCGAGCGCGCGGCGGGGGCGGAGAGGGAGAGGAAGGAGAGGGAGGAGAGGGAGCAGGAGGAGAGGGAAAGGGAGAGAGAGGCGAGGGAGAGAGAGGAGAGGGCGGAGAGGGAGAGGGCGCGCAGGGAGGAGGAGAGGAGGGCGUGGAGGGCGUGGAUUGCGGGGCGCUUGGAGAAAGGGAAAGGGAAAGGGAGUGGAGAAGGGGGAGGUGGGGAGGGAGGGGUGAAGUUGGCGAUGAGGAUGCCGGAUUCGAAGCGCGUGAUCGAGGUGUUUGGGCCCGAGGCGACGCUGACGACGCUGUAUGCUGCCGUGGAUGCGAGAUUGCCGCCGGGAGAUGGGAAUGGGGAGGAGGUGCUGGAUAGCCCUGUGGGUGCUGACGUUGGGGGAGGGAGGACCGUCGAGGAGGUGUUGGACGAUUUCCUCGCGACGCGGGCUGGGGAUGGUGUUGAUGAGGAAGGGGAAGGGGAAGGAGCAGCGGCGUGGUGGGGCUUCAAGAUCGUGAACGCGUACCCGCGCGAGGAGAUCCCGUGGGUCGCGGGGCGGCGGCUGGCGGACGUAGCGUGUUUGACCCAGCGGGGCGGCGGGCAGGUCGUCGUCGAGAUGGCGACGACGAAGACGAAGAGUGGGAGCGGGAGGAGCUCGAGGAAUAGGGAUAGGGAUCGGGCGGAUGAUGAGGAUGGGGAUGAUGGGUAUAAUACGGAGUCGGACGAUGAGUAG